AUGCUGCGCCAGACCUGGAGCUUCUUCAGGCCCACCGUGGCCGCUCAGGAAUACCAGUCCGACCGCUUGUUUGAAGAUCUCUUCCAGAAGCUGGACCGCCACGGCGACGGGUUGGUGGACAUCAUGGAACUGCAGGAGGGACUGGAAGCCAUGGGCGUCUCUCUGGGCCAGGAAGAGCAGGUAAUUUUAAAUUCCGUUAAUAUUGACACACAUAAACUGCUGAACUUUUGUGCAUUUGUGCAGUAUCUUAGAGAUCGUGAACAAAAAAUGAAGAUGGCUUUUACCAGUUUGGACACCAAUGAGGAUGGAGUGAUUGAUACUUCAGAAAUUGUUGAUGCUCUCAAGGUUAUAGGUGUAAAUAUUUCUGUAAAAGAGGCACAGAAGAUUGUUGAAAGCAUGGACAUUGAUGGGUCACUGACAGUGGACUGGAAUGAAUGGAGGAAAUAUUUUUUAUUUAAACCUGAAAAAAAUGUUGAAGAAAUUGCCCGUCACUGGAACCGUUUUACUGGAAUUGAUAUGGGAGAUAGAUGGACUUUCCAUCAUUUCAUUGAUGAAGAAAGAAAAUCUGGUCUGUUAUGGAAGUAUCUGUGGGCUGGGGGCAUAGCUGGGGCUUGUGCGCGAACAUGCACAGCACCUUUAGAUCGUCUGAAAACCUUAAUGCAGGCUCAGAGUUUAGAAACAAAGAAUGUGAGGAUGGUGAGUCGUUUAAUGGAGAUGGUGAAAGAGGGUGGAGUCAUUUCCCUGUGGAGAGGAAAUGGUGUGAAUGUCCUCAAGAUUGCUCCUGAAACAGCUCUUAAGGUCUGGUCAUAUGAACAGUAUAAAUUGUUUCUUAGUGAAGAAGGAGCCAAAUUAGGAACUCUCCAGAAGCUUGUGUCUGGUUGUUUGGCUGGUGCUACUUCUCUCUCAUUUAUAUACCCGAUGGAGGUUUUAAAAACUAAUUUGGCCAUAAGCAAAACUGGACAGUACUAUGGGAUGCUGGAUUGUGCCAGGAAGAUUUGGAAGCUUGAAAAAUUUCGAGGCUUCUACAGAGGCCUCAUUCCUAGUCUUUUGGCUGUCAUACCGUAUGCAGGUGUAGAUAUUACUGCUAAUGAGCUUUUGAGGACUCGUUGGCUAAAUACUCAAGUGGAAGACCCUGAGUUGGUGACUUUGCUGGGAUGUAGUGCCUUGUCUAACUUCUGUGGUCAGAUUGUCAGCUACCCCCUCUUCCUAGUGAGAACUAACAUGCAGGUUCAAGCCCCCGAGGCUCAGCACGGAGUUUGUGCCAAGAGAUUCGAGACCAUCGAGUGCUCUUUCGACACCACCUGA